AUGAACCACUCAACGUCAACAUCAUUCUCUUUUCUUUCUGCAGACUGCUGCCCACAAAGUUAUAUUUCUCCCUACGCACGAAACCCCCAAUCUGCCGAGAGAUUAGACGUCAUCGCCAAAGGGUUCAGCCAGCCGACGAAUCGCGGUCCCACCCUCAGCAUCCCUCAUCCUGGCUUACCCCCGCCAGCUCUCACGUGGGUUGAUCAUCAGGGCUCCAACGGCAUCUCUCGGAGCACAAAACCAAGCGCGACAACGAUUUGCAGACUCGAUUGGGCCAAUAUUCAACAGCCAAUCAACCGCUUGACAUACGAACUUGACCCUGUCCAACGUCUCUCGCAAAGACCAGCCUGUCGGCGUCCACCCCUCCCUUCUCUGCCACGCCACUUUGCUACAUGGUAG